CAUGGUUUGACAAACGAUACUUUUGCCAACGACCAAGUAAAGAGUAAACCUAAUAGAAUUUGGACUACUGAUUUGAUUUAAACUUAUUUUGUUGCUAGAAAAGUCCCGAAUAAGUAUAUCAAACAAGGGUUCGAAAGAUGUCCGAUUUAGACGGUCACGAUGCUGAAGUACGGAAUGCUGAAGGAGAAGCAAAUGAUACUGGUAUAACUGAAUCUCAACAGGGAUCUCCAUCACAUAAUGAGGUGCCUGCUCGUGACAAUGUAGACAUUGAUUUUUCUGAAGACGAGCUUUCCGAUUUGGAUGAAGACCAAUUCGAAAAUUUUGAUGAAACGAAGAUUGGGCGAGAAGCUGAUGAUGAGCCUACCAUUUUUAAUUUGCCUUCCUUUAAGAAAAAGCAAAGCUCAGAAGAUGUCAAACCAGGCAAGGUGGAAAAUAACAAAAAAGAAAAGCGUGCUCGGAGAGGCAGGUCGCGUCGCUCUGCUCAACGAGGCGCUUUAGAUGAACUCGAGGAGUUGGAUGAAGGAGAUCGUCAACCUACCGUAGAAGAAGCCCCCUUAGAUCCUUCAGUGGCUGCUAAACGACAGCUAGAUAUGCAAAUAGAUGCAGUUUUGAAACCAGUUCGUCCAAAAAAGCGCUCAAACGAAGAUAAUUUAGAACAGUUAGCCGAUGAUGAAGUCCUUCGUUUACGUGAACAAAUGCGUUUAGCAGCACUACGUGACGCAGAAUUGAAUUCGGAACGCCUUCCAGCUACCGAAAAGCUGAAAAUGCUCGCUCUCGUGGACUCCGUUCUUCGGAAAACCCAUUUAUACGAUACCAUUCUUGAUAACAAUUUGCUGGAUUCUGUGCGGAUGUGGUUAGAACCGUUGCCCGAUAGAUCUCUUCCAGCACUUAAUAUCCAACAGUCUUUGCUCGAUAUUUUGACGAAGCUUCCUAUUGAAACUGAACAUUUACGUGAAAGCAAAAUUGGCCGUGUAAUCUUAUUUUAUACGAUAUCCAAGAAGCCUGAGCCAUUUAUUAAGCGCAUUGCAGAUCGCUUAGUUAGUGAAUGGAGUCGUCCCAUCAUCAAGAGAAGUGCUAAUUACCGAGACCGUGCUGUUGGAAUUGCUACCUUGAACCCCGAGCUUAUAAACAUGCGUCGUCGUAGGGACCUUGCUAUUGCCGAAGACGAUGUUAAUAAUCCCACUAGCAGAAUUGGAAGAACGGUUAUUCCUCAGUCCAUCGAUUCCAGGUAUCAAGUUGCCCCCAGAGUUCGCCUCAAUCAGAACGGAAUGUCUGUGGCUGGUCGGUUGAAGCCUGCUGAUACAGAACAAGUCCGAAAACUGAAGGCUAAGAUGAAAGCUAUUCGCAGUAAAAGUGCAAAGAAAAGCGGAGUUAGUAUUGAAGGUCGAGGUCUUUAAUUCUACCAAUAGCAUAAAAAACUCUCUGUAUUGCUUCAAGACUAUUCGUAUUACUUUUAUCCCUUGCUCUCAGGAAUGUGUUGGUAAACAAGCAAAAUUAUUUAAUUGAAAGGUCAUGGUAAUACCAUAAAUUAUCGUUGGGAGUGGACAUGUUGCGAGAAAAUAUGGAAGUUUUCUUCUUUUAUAAAGUUCUUUUGUAAUGUUAUACAUGAAAUUUGUAUAUAUAAUGAUUAAUCAAUAUGGACAUAGCAGGUUCUAAGUGUUUUCUAUACAUUUAGCAAUUGCAUUGUAUAAUAAAAUUCUGUUAUUUUUUGAACAAAUAUUUUA